AAGCUGGACAGAAAACACGCUUCGCGAAGGAUUCUCCUAUUUCUUUGGGCACAAAUAGUCUUUUCCUUUUCCGUUCUUUUUAGGUUCCUACGCUUUCGUUCCGCAUUCUCUCAUAAAGACCGCCGCACACCGACUUCUCCUUCUUCGCGCAGAAUAAUAGUACAGCCAGAAGGUUUGGAACUCCGAAGUUGAGUUCGUAAUUUUGGCCUUUGAAAAUCGAUUUAAAGGCCAAAAUGCAGAGAGUAGCGCUGAUUCAGAGGUUCUCGAGGAUUUACCGUGAAAAUCCUAAGCUUUCUAAGGUGUUCAUUGUUUGCACAGUGAGUGGUGUGGGCCUUGUCACAUACUCUGUUGCAACAACUCCGUAUCAGCAGGAGGUUCAGAACAAGAAAAAGUUGGUGGUACUGGGAACUGGUUGGGCUGCAACUAAUUUCUUGAAGAACCUGAAUGAUCCUUCAUAUGAUGUCCAGGUGGUAUCGCCCCGGAAUUACUUUGCAUUUACUCCUUUGCUUCCAAGUGUAACAUGUGGCACUGUUGAGAGCCGCAGCAUCAUUGAACCAAUUCGUAACAUUAUCAGAAAGAAAAAUGUAGACAUGCAUUACUGUGAAGCAGAGUGUGUCAAGAUUGACCCAAAAAGCAAGAAGGUUUAUUGUCGAUCUGAUGUGAACAAGAGUUCGGAUGGGAAGGAAGAAUUUGAUUUAGAUUAUGACUACCUUGUGAUUGCCAUUGGAGCUCGUGUAAACACAUUCAAUAUUCCUGGUGUACUAGAGCAUACCUACUUCUUAAAGGAAGUGGAAGAUGCUCAAAGAAUUAGAAGAGCUGUUAUUGAGAGUUUUGAGAAAGCCAGUCUGCCUAACCUCAGUGAUGAAGAGAGGAAAAAACUCCUUCACUUUGUCAUUGUUGGUGGUGGCCCAACUGGCGUUGAAUUUGCAGGACAGCUCCAUGAUUUUGUGAACGAAGAAGCAGCCAGGUUAUACCCAGAGGUCAAGGAUUAUGUGAAGAUAACACUGAUUGAGGCAACCGACCACAUAUUGAAUAUGUUUGACAAAAGAAUCACAGCUUUUGCUGAAGAGAAGUUCCAGAGAGAUGGAAUUGAUGUCAAGACUGGAUCAAUGGUUGUGAAGGUUUCAGAUAAAGAAAUCACUACUAAAGAUGCAAAAACUGGGGAGAUUACCUCUACACCUUAUGGCACGGCUGUGUGGUCUACUGGCAUUGGAAUUCGCCCUGUGAUCAUGGACUUCAUGAAAGAGAUUGGCCAGGGCCAAAGGCGUGUACUUGCUACUGAUGAUUGGCUAAGGGUUGAAGGAUGUGAAAAUGUAUAUGCACUUGGGGACACCGCUACAAUAAAUAGGCGCAAAGUUGUGGAGGAUAUUGCGGCCAUAUUUCACAAGGCGGACAAGGAUAACUCUGGAACACUAACAGUUAAGGAGUUUCAAGAUGUCCUAGCUGAUGUAUGUGAAAGAUACCCACAAGUGGGGCUCUACCUGAAAAAUAAACACAUGCGUAAUCUACUUGAUUUGCUGAAAGAGGAAAAAGGUGGGGAUGUUAAUUCGUCUGUUGAGGUUAAUAUUGAAGAGUUCAAGUCAGUUCUCUCCAAAGUCGAUUCUCUGAUGAAGAUUCUUCCUCCAACCGCUCAGGUUGCAUCUCAGCAAGGCAUUUAUCUUGCAAACUGCUUUAACCGCAUGGAGGCGUGCGAAAAGAAUCCAGAGGGUCCCCUUCGGUUCAGGGGAGAAGGGCGCCACCGUUUCCAUCCUUUCAUGUAUAACCAUCGAGGACAAUUUGCACCUCUGGGAGGAGAGCAAACGGCCGCACAGCUUCCUGGAGACUGGGUUUCAAUUGGCCAUGGCCCUCAAUUUCUUUGGUACUCUGCUUAUGCCAGCAUGCAAGUGAGCUGGCGUACCAGAGCACUGGUGGUGUCAGAUUGGAUAAGGCGUUUCAUCUUCGGCAGAGACUCAAGCCAGCUCUGAUGUGGGAGUUUGUUGUUGUUACACAGUUUUUACGUGCCAUCCUGAUGGGGUUUCAGUCGAUUCUACUCAUCAUUGAAAAUUGGAAAUUCUUUGGUGUUUACCUUUUCCUUUUCAAUUCUUUAAAAAAAACUGCUCGCGCUCGAUUAAAUUGGCUGGUUGUGCCCAAAUUUUGCAGUUAGUUUUGAGAUUGCAAUAACAAGAGAUUAUCAACAAUUGUACCGUGUACUAUGGCAGUGCUACUCUCCUUUUUUAAGUUUCACUCCAUUAUUUCAUACUUCCAUCAUUAAAUAUUUUGCGUUUUAGAUUUGUUCAUUAUUUAUUAUCAUCA